AUGCUGCUGGCCAGCCGCAACGAUUUGGACAAGAUCCACGCGCCGGGCGAGCUCAUUGACGAAUUUGAGAUCAAGUUCGUAAGAGACCCUCCUAAACCAACCCAUCUUACCUGGGGAGUGCGAAGUGUACAUGAUUUCGAACUUCAGGCUAUAAUUGUGUUUGGUCCAUCGCAUUCGGUUACCGAAACCGCCGAACACAUAACCAAAGGAGCGAAAAUACGUUUUGAAAACCUCCGAAUAUCGGACAAGAACACGAGCCCUCUAACGUUUUACACAUGUGCCAGUACAACUCUCAUGAUUAUCACCGAUGAUGAGGACAAGUUUAUGUUUGUAUCUUCUGCGCCCAAGUUGGCGGCCAAUAAAAGCAGUUCAAACGUGUAUCCUUUGCUUUUGAAGUGCCAACGUGUAAUUGGCGGCAAUUAUGCUCUUUGGUCCGAUGGAUCAACCGUCCCACGUUGUGAAGUGCCAAAUAUUCUUGAGCCGAAAGCGUUUAGCGUUUCUACUUUGGAUCCAACCUAUCUGCCGUUGACGAUAUACGAAGGACCUUCCCAAUUCUACGUUGGGAGUAUAAUAAAAGCCGAAGUUCAUUUUAAAAUGCCCGUGCUGGGUGCGUAUCCUGGGGUUUUGGAGGGAAAAGUCGACGUUUCGCCAGUUCUUGCCUCGGAGAAAGAGGAAAGAUUGUACUAUCAGCGGCUUGGGGAACUAGAAAAGAUUGCUCCCAGAGUUAGAAAUUCAGUCUCAGAACCACAAGAAUUGGCCAAGCGAAGCCUUGAUUCAGCCCGUGCACUACCGCCUAAGCGACUGGCAUUCUCUCAACUUCCCGCUACUUUCGAAACACAGUCCGACUUUGGGGACAGCUUGUCUACUUCUUUUCCGAGCCAGACACCUAGGAUGCUGAAUAUCUACAACACGACGCUGUCUGAUGACGAGGAUGAAGACGAAGAACGCCUGGUGAAUGAAACCCUGUUCUCUCAAUCGGCGAUUGUAGAGAACUCACAACCACAAGAAGCAGCUGAUGCCAAACUGUGCGACUUUUACGAACAAUUGGUUAAAAGUUUGGUUAUAGAAAUCCAAGGCAUGAAUCUCUCUGCGGCCCAAAGGCUGACCGAAGAGCGCCUGAAAGAAGCUCGCACGAAACUGGCACUGCCGCUCCAAUCGGAGCCAGAGCGGCUGCAAGAAUACAAAAACAGGGCAAUUGAAGAUAUGCAGCGUGCUACAAAAGCUGCAUUGGAUGAACUACAUCAUAAGUUCAUGUCUCACAUUGACUCUCUGCGUUGA